GUGAGCAAUAGAAAGGAGAAGCUGGGUAGAGAGAGUGAGUAGAGACAUAGAGAAGGAGCCGGUGAGGGUGAGACGCUGAAGCACAUCUAACCAGGGGUGUUUUCUCUUUUUUUUCUCCUCCCUGUUUCCCACCUGGGCUCCCCAGCUCCCUCCAGGAUCCGAUGAUUACAGGGCAGCUGAGCAAGCCGCUGCUCUCCCUGCGCAGCGACAUGAGCGCGGCAGAACUCCGGGCGGACGACAAAGCGGCCACCCCAGACAGCGAUCUGAACGACGAGCCCCUGCUGCUGCCCUCCGAGGCCACGGACAGAGAGGGCACUCCCAAUAAGCUGUACGGAGCUCGUGAUGGUUCGGUCCAGUCUGACGCCAGCAGCAGUCCCUCUGAACAGAGUCAACUGGGCCAGUCACACCCAGGAUACCCAAUGGGUCCACAGUCUCUCCUGGUGGCCCAGCAGCUGGCCAACGCAGUAGGCGGCGUAAUGUCUGGGGCAGCGCCAGGCAUGAACCAGCCCAUCCUCAUCCCCUUCAACGCAGGCGGACACCUGGGCGGGCAGCAGGGCCUCGUUCUCUCUCUGCCCACAGCCAACAUCCAGAGCCUGGUGGCUGCUGCUGCUGCAGGGGGCAUCAUGACGCUCCCCCUCCAGAACCUGCAAGCUACCUCAUCACUGAACUCCCAGCUCCAACACCUGCAGCAGCUCCAACAGAUGCAGCAGCACCACCACCACCAGCAGCAGCAACAGCAGCAACAUCAGCAGCAACAGCAGCAACACCAUCACCAACAGACCCACUCCCACACCCAGAACCAGCUGCCAUCCCAACAUCACAUGACUCCGCCCAGCCAGCAGCAGACCUCUGUCCCGUCUCCAGGCUCUGCCUGCUCCUCUGCCUCUGGACAACUGCAGCAGUCCCCGCCGCACCGGCCCAACCAGUCGCCAGCCCGCAGUCUCCCUUCGCCCGUCACCCCACCCAUGCCUUUGCCGCUGAAUCCACUGGCCAGCCAGGUGGCAGCAGCGGCAGCCAUGGGAUCCAUCGCCGGUUCUCAGGUGUUUGGAAACACCCUGUCAAACCUGCAAGGAGCCACUGGACAGCUGGUCACCAACGCACAAGGACAGAUAAUUGGAACAAUCCCACUGAUGCCCAACUCUGCAGGGCCCUCCAGCCAAUCAGGGGGUGGCAACCCAGCACUGCAGGUACAGCCAAUUACACCUCAGCUUCUGACCAACGCUCAAGGCCAGAUCAUCGCCACGGUGAUCGGCAAUCAGAUCCUGCCUGUCAUCAACACCCAGGGAAUCACGCUGUCACCAAUCAAGCCUGGACAGCAGCAGCAGGGUCAGACAGGCCCCGCAUCGUCUCAGCCCAACCUGCUCCACAUGCCCCACAGACAGAGUCCCCUCCACCAGGCCUCUUCCUCCUCCUCCACCUCCUCCUCUUCCUCGGCUCUCAGCGUGGGGCAGCUGGUCAGCAACCCGCAGACCGCCCCCAGCGAGGUGGAUGGGGUCAAUCUGGAGGAGAUUCGUGAAUUCGCCAAAGCAUUCAAGAUCCGCCGGCUGUCCCUGGGCCUGACACAGACUCAGGUGGGCCAGGCGCUCAGCGCUGCCGAGGGGCCGGCGUACAGCCAGUCUGCCAUCUGCAGACACACCAUCCUGAGAAGCCACUUUUUCCUACCACAGGAAGCCCAAGAGAACACUAUAGGUAGCAGUCUGACAGGCAAACUGAACCCUGGCCUUUUAUAUCCUGCCAGGUUUGAGAAGUUGGACAUCACCCCUAAAAGCGCCCAGAAGAUUAAGCCCGUUCUGGAGCGCUGGAUGGCCGAGGCUGAAGCCCGCCACCGAUCCGGCAUGCAGAACCUGACUGAGUUUAUCGGCAGCGAGCCUUCCAAAAAACGCAAGCGGAGGACCUCUUUCACCCCGCAGGCGCUCGAGAUCCUCAACAGCCACUUUGAGAAGAACACACACCCCUCCGGACAGGAAAUGACGGAAAUAGCCGAGAAACUGAACUACGACAGGGAGGUGGUGCGUGUCUGGUUCUGCAACAAGAGGCAAGCCUUGAAAAACACAAUAAAGCGUUUGAAACAGCCCGAACUCGGCCCGGCUGCGCCAAUGGACCCUCUCACUGAUUCUCUAGAGGAGCUCCCGAAAUGAACGAGCUCUGCUCCGACUUAAAAUAAAAUAAAAUAAGAUUUAAAAAAAAUGGAGUGGAAAAGUGGCAGCCAUUAAAAACAACAAAAGGUUGGAUGAACUCGUCUCGAAAUGAGAACUGAGAAACGAACCCGAGUCACCCUGGAAUGGACAGUCGUGAGUUUGGAAAACAAAAACUAUGUGUUGUCAGUGUGAUUACCACAGCUAUGUAAAUGACCUUGGCGAAAACCAAAAACAUGAAAAAAGAGAUUAAUAUCUUGAGAAUUAUGUAAAAACAUACGGUGUGCUGUUUCAAAGAGUUUUAGAUUCUGGCCUUACAGACCAGACUAUCGCCCAAAUUUUGGUUCCCACGAGGAGGGAUUUAGUAAAGAGAUCAUACCAAAUCAAAAACACUAUUUACCAAAGUCUGUUGCAUCUGAGUACUAAGAAUAAUUUUGUAAUGUAAAUGUGCUCUAAAUUUUUACAUUUGUACUGGCAAAAAUCUAAAGCUAUAUGUGUGAGGUUGAGUAUACAUUUUAUCUUUGUCUUCGCUUACUUUUUUCUUCAUUGUUUGUAUGUAAAUAUCUUUAAAAAAGAAAAAAAACUGGAAAAAAAACACUGUCUUUGAAUUGAAAUCACACCGAUAAAGUUUCUCUUUUGGACGAAAAAAAAAAUGAUACUUUAACCUUUGCUGUUAAACAAUUGCAUAAUAAUGUCGUUUUUUGCCUCUGAUUUGUGUUUCAUCUGCAAAUGUUUUCAGUCACGGUGUAACUUUGUACAACUUUUACAGGUAUUUAUUAAUGAUCUCAUGAGAUUGUUUCAGAGGACGGACGGAGGGAGAGAGUAAAUUAAGGGACUUUUCACAUGAUGAUGAUGAUGAUGAUGAUGAGGGGUUUCAGUGUCUGUCAAAGUCUACUGCAGCUUUGUUUUGAGCUACUGUGUCGAUCUGUUGCCAAAGCCUGAUAGCCAAAGAACACAUAAAUUUCAGCUCAAGGACUGGUGAAGAUUUUACCUUUUCCAUUUAUUUUGGCUUUUCUUCCUCCCCCUCCUCUUUUUUCUAAAGUGUUUCACUCUGUGGAUCAAUUUUAACAACAACAACAAAAACAAAAAAAACACACCAUCAUGUCAAACAGCUGCAACAGUGAGUCUCUUUCACGGCAAUAUAGAAAAAAGUGUUUCUUUUUAAGCAAGUUCUCCUCUGCAUGCUUCAACUCAAACCACAUGACGAAGGAUUAUUAAUGAGGAUAUGACCCAAAAUUAACAUUAAUAACUGAAUAUCACUAAAAAUAACACAUUAUUUUACACGUUAAACCCUUUAAUUAAGGCCUAAAAUCAAAUAAACGUGUGGUUGAAGCCUGUUUGUUGCCACUGACUAAAACUACUGAGCUCUUUCCAGUUCAGCUGUUGUUGUUUUUUUAUAAACCUGAAAAGAUAAAUGUUGUUUUCUUUUAUAUUCUGCAUCCAUCAGCUCAGUGAAGGUUUACAGAUGUUACAAUCAACCAUUUUUUAAUGCGUUUGAUUGAUUUCUACUGCAGUAAAAUGCUUUAAAAGGUUCAUUUCCAGAGAUUAUCUUCAAAUAUCUCAUGUAUUUGUGGUUAUUUGUGAUGGAAAUCUACAUAGAAAUUGUUCAUUUUACAUAUUACUUUGUGAGAAAUGUCAAUAUUAUAUAAAGAAAACCCCACAAAUAUUUGAAUUUCACAAAAAAAAACCCUCACAGGAAAAAGAAUAAAAAAAAGAGAGGUGAAUGUUGAGAAUAAGUGUCACAUGUCAGAACGAGUGAACUUAAUUUGAAGUGAGGUGAAAUUUGAUGCAAUUUAUUCAGAAUCAUGUGUCUGCUCGAUAUCUGUCCUUCCAUGUCACAUUGGUUAUCUCAGUCUUUCAGUCCCCUGUGCACUGCUGUGUUCUUCUUCACUGCCUGUAAAACACACACAAACACACACACACACACACACACACUCGGUAAAAGUUGUCACAUGAAGAAGCUUUACAUGUAUUCCUAAAUUCCUUUUGGUGCACAGAGACUUUUUUUAAUAUAAUUUUUAUGAUAUAUUCAAGUAUUUAAACUUAAUUUCCAUUCAUCUUUUUAAUUUUUUUUUUUUGUAUUUCCACAUAAUUUUUAUGUUACUUCCAGUAUUUCGUUCGGGCAAAUCUUUUGGCCAAGAAACUACAUGUCUGCAUCCACCCACCAGACAAACGUGAGAGAGAGAGAAAGCAGCAGGCUCCUAUGGAUCUGUUAUGAGGCUUAACAAUAAAGCUGUAACCAAAACCAAAAAGAUAAAAUAAAUAAAAUAAAACGAAGACACAGGAAGGAGUUAUGCCUUCGCUCAACUUUUCAAUGCUGGACCAAAGCUCUAUAGUUAUGCACAUUGUACAGAGAAAUAGAUUCAUGAUGUUGACAAUCUUUUAAAAAAUCUGAGAUAAAAAAAAGAAUUGAAAGAGUUAGAAAUGUACAGUAAGUUCAUCCAAGGUUUACCUCAGUACUGUUCUUGUGAGAAUCAUACUAAAACGCCAUACAAGCAGCAGCAGGUCAGAAGAAAAAAAGAUUACUCUACACUGUGUGUGUGUCGGUGUUCACCUUCGAUGUGUUUUUAUUUAUUAUUACGUGACACAUGAUUGUUUUUAUUUCUUCGUGAAGUGGUUUUCCUGAGCCACACGUGACUCUCUGGUCAUCUUUUUUUUAUUUAUUUAUUUAUUAUUAUUAUUGUCGUAUUAUUUCUCAUUCGUCGUUGGUGUUUUCACCUCUCAGUUUUCACAGAACCUGUAGACCCGCGUAGAGGAAAAAGGAGAUUACAGUAACGUUGCUCUUAACCCAAUUAGGAUGAUUUUAGUGAAUCAACCUUUAAAAAUGCUUUUUGUGAAAUUUUACUAACACAAACAAACUGGUUUGAUGUUUUGUUAAUAGACGAAGAACUCGAAACCAAAGCCGAAGAGCCUGCAGAGGUUGGUUUUAAUUUUUUUAUAGACUGAAAACUGUACUUAAUCUAUAGAGCAAUAUCUGUUUGGUCAGUUAAGCAGCACUUUGUGUAUUUCCAAAAAAAAAAAAAAAGCUUCAAGUAUGUCACAUUGAUUUGUACCAUAAUUAGUAAUAAACAAUUGUUUGACAUGAA